CUUGAUCUAAUAGAAUCAGAGGUAUUUUUAACUACUCCUCAAUACUUAGCCUUUGUAUUCCCUUUCGUGACUAUUAAUGUAACUCUCCUCCCUGGGUCAAGUUACGAUUCUUUGUAUGUCUCAGUACUAAGACUUGCCCUGCGUCAAUACAUGCCUACUAGGUAGCUAGCGUUGGCUUUAUACAUCCCUUAUUUUGCUUAAGUACUAAAUAAAUCAACACGUCCCUAAUCUCUUCGAUAAAUUUGCUUCCCAUCAUGUUCCACUAUGUUAGGCCACCGGUCCUCCAGCAGCGCGAGCGGGCUAAUGCUACUUGAUGGCGAAAAUAGUCCACAACAAGACUUGUCAUGGCCGUCUGAACCAUGGGAGAGUACUAGCGAUCUACCAUUUAUUGCCACCGAAAAGCGGCCCCAACGAACAAUCCCUCUUCGUCUCUUCUUCAUCUCACUCCUCGGCUUCUGUAUCAUAGCGCUAGCUCUAGGUCUGGGCCUCGGACUCGGGCUUCCGCGGUAUAAAACGGUAUACGCCGCGCCUCCGCUGAACUACAACGCGCUCUACGGGAUUCCCGAGGACCUCCCUUUCGUGUCGAUAGACAGGCUUAUCAACGAGACGGAGCUCUCUCUACAGACGAAGUUCGAAGUGUCGCGGGAGCCGAUGGUGAGGGACUAUGUGUUCGACGUGUCGCAGGCGUACGCGGCGCCCGACGGGUUCCGGAAGCCGAUGGUGCUCGUCAAUGGACAGUCCCCGGGCCCGCUGAUCGAGGCCAAUGUCGGCGAUACCGUGCGUGUAAGGGUCAAUAACAAAAUGGCGAACCAGAGCACGACGAUUCACUGGCACGGGAUCAAUCAGAGGGGCUCCACGUGGAUGGACGGCGUGGCGGGGAUUUCGCAGUGCGGGAUCCCGCCGGGCCGCAGCUUCACGUAUGAGUUUCGGGUGCAGGAUCAGAGAGGCACGUUUUGGUGGCAUGCGCAUUCGUCCGUGCAGUAUAGUGAUGGGGCGUACGGCGCUAUUAUUAUACAUGAUCCAGAUGAAAUGGUGCCGGAAACGGAUGACGAGAAGAUCAUAUUCGUGUCGGAUGUGUAUCAUGCAUACGGGCCUGUCAUACUAAAAAGCUACCUAAACCCAACCUCGAAAUGGGCGCCCACGGAGUCCGGCGUCGAGCCACUCGCAGACAACAUCCUCCUCAACGGGCAGAGCCCCUACAACUGCAGCAUCAACUCCACCACCUACCCACCCUCCUCCUCCCCAUCGUCCACCCACCCCUUCCCCAGCACCACAGACUGCACAGCAAACGACAACGGCCGCCUCUCCUCCACCGCGGUGCGUGCGGGGCAAACAACGCGCCUGCGCCUCAUCAACGCCUCGUCCUUCUUCUCGUACUGGUUCAGCAUCGACAACCACACGCUGACGAUCGUCGAGCUGGACGGCGUCGAGAUCGAGCCCCUGCGCGCGCAGGGCGUGUACCUGAACCUGGGGCAGCGCGCCUCGGUCGUCGUGGCCGCGGACCAGGAACCGGGUGGUUACUACAUCCGCGCGACGCUGCCGAGGACGUGUUUUCUGCCGUAUUCGACGUACACGAGCAAGGGGCUGGAGGGUGGGGGGUAUGAGGGGAGGGGGGUUUUGAGGUAUGUUGAGGAAGGGCACAACGAUGAUGAAGAAGGUAAUGCCGGGAAAACUAUCGCCGAACCGAUUGGGAGCCCGAGGAACACGACGAAUCCGUACGGGGUGGAGAGCAACGGGCUAAGGGGCGAUGUGUGGGAAGGGUGCGACGAUAUGCCGUUCGACAUGGCGGUGCCGAUGCGCCGGGAGCCUGCUGUCGAUGUCAGCGAGGUGAAUACGCACUACAUCGAGUACGCGUUUCGACAGGCGCAGGACGUCAAUCGGAUAUUCAUUAACAAGACAUCCUACUCUCCUCUCCCCCACAACGCGACGCUCUGGAAAGCGCUGGACCAGAAAUUCACCCCCGACAGAGUCAACGCGUACAGCAGCUGGGACUUCGGGCUGAGCCAGCAGGUCCUCCUCAUCCCGGACGCCGAGCAAGGCGCGCAGAUCGUGAUAAACUCCCGCGACGCCAUGGAGCAUCCCUGGCAUUUACAUGGCCACACAUUCCAAAUCGUAGCCUGGGGCCCCGGCCUCUUCGGCGACAGCAGCAACACCACCCGUACCACCUGGCACCUCACGAACCCGAUGCGCCGCGACACCGUGACCAUCCCGCCCUUCAGCCACGUCGUCAUCCGCUUCCCGGCCGACAACCCCGGCCUCUGGGCCUUGCACUGCCAUGUGGCGUGGCAUAUCGAAGGCGGCAUGUUCCUCUCCCUCGCCGAGCUGCCAUCUGACCUGGUGGAUCUAGUCGACGCCAUGGACCCCGAGACGAGGAGGCAGAGCCAGGGCUUCUGCGGCGUCGAGGCGGGAGACGAUGGUCCCUAA